UCCGUUAGACCGGAGCAGUAAUGGCUAGAAGUGGCUCGUCUGUUCAGUUUUCACCGCUACAAACUUCGCCGACUCCAAAUGAGAUGCGUUAUGUAUUACUUUAAUUUCAAAUUUGCUUUAUUUUUCUUUCCGAAGACAAAUGAGUCGAGAAGAAACGUCAAAAGAGAGGCAGAAGAGUAGUGAUCGUCUUCUCCUUCAGGUCCCGACACUUUGUGCUGGGACCGCUUCCAGCGAGCCAGAGGCCACCAGCUACCGAUGACUCCAUAAGCAGCGGCCAUGGCUGCCCAUCGAAUCAUUCGAGUGAACAACAAUCACAUCCUCCCUCGCUGUAAGUCUGAGGGGACGCUCAUCGAGCUGAAUGAGGGGCCGGCCGGGGCCAGUCUCGGUGAUGUUAAAGUGCCUUCUCCCAGUGCCUUAAAGCUCGACAGUCAAGACUCCCUUGGAGCUGCUCAGGAGGUGGUUGCUAUCAAGGAUUAUUGCCCAAGCAGCUUCACCACCCUGAAGUUCUCCAAAGGGGAUCGCCUCUACGUACUGGACACGUCAGGCGGGGAAUGGUGGUACGCCCACAACAACACAGAGAUGGGAUACAUCCCAGCCGCCUACGUCCAGCCGGUCAACUUCAGGAACUCUUCCCUAAGCGACAGUGGGAUGAUUGACAGCCUCGGGGAGGGGUGUGAGGAUGGCGGGAAGGAGUUCGGAGGUCUUGGGGAGUGGAUGGGGAUGAGCCUGAAGCCCUCUACCAUUUACAACAACACCCCGUUUUCUGUGAACCCUUUCAUCUGUCCGCUAAAUCAAAACUCCAAUGACGUAAGCAUGAGGAACUCGGCGGAUCUUAUCUACUUGGACUCUCUGGCAUCACCGUCGUCUUGUUCUAACAGUUGUUCAAUCAUGAGCAACGGGUUUAGCAGCUGCCAUAUUAAUAGCCUCAACUCAACUAGUCCAAAUCAAGAGGUUACAUCCAACUUCCAGACUGAAAACCCCUUUUUUAAGAACAAACGUUCCCACAGUCUGUCAGAACUCUCUGUCUUACAGGCGCAGUCGAAUCCAACUUUACCUUCGUCUGGGUUCUUUACGGGCCUGACGGCUCCUUUACCGGAGCAGUUUCAGAGCAGAGAGGACUUCAGGACUGCCUGGUUGAACCACAGAAAAUUGGCUCGGUCUUGCCAUGACCUGGACUCUUUGGGCCAGAGUCCCGGAUGGGGGCAGACCCAACCGGUGGAGACCAAUAUCGUCUGCCGGCUGGACUGUAACGGAGGAGUUGUUCAGCUUCCUGACACCCACAUCAGCGUACACAUCCCUGAGGGCCACGUCAGUCAUGGAGACUACCAGCAGAUCUCCAUGAAAGCCUUACUGGACCCCCCUCUGGAGCUGAACAGCAACCGCUGCACCACGGUAAGCCCAGUGGUGGAGAUCAAGCUCAGCAACAUGGAGACAAAGUCGUUCCUAACACUGGAGAUAAAAGUGUCAGUGGCUGUGAAGAAGGAGAGUUGUCAUGCUGCCGAUGUGCUUUGUGUGCGCAGCGACUGCAAGGAAGGACCUUACACCCCGAUACCCAAUGCCUACAUCUUCAAAGACACAGUUCAGGUACAGCUGGAAAGUCUGGAGCCUUGCAUGUAUGUAGCGGUUGUUGUUCAGGCACAGUACGUCGGACACAACACAACAGUCUGGGACCAUGUGCAGAGGAAAGUCAGUCUGGGUGUUUACGGACCUAAACACAUCCACCCCUCGUUCAAGACUGUUGUGGCCAUGUUCGGGCAUGACUGCGCCCCCAAAACUUUGUUGGUGAGCGAUGUGACAUGGCAGGCAGCAUCGACUCCACCUGUGGCACUGCAGCUGUGGGGGAAGCAUCAGUUUGUGUUGCCGUUCCCUCAGGACCUGCAGAUUGGACUCUAUUCCAACAUGUCCAACUACCAGGUGAAGGCGAGUGAAGGAACCGGGAUAAUCCGGGGGUUUCAGGUAAAGCUAGGGAAGGUUAGCAGGCUGCUCUUCAUGAUCACGUCGCACAACCCCAGCAGUAUCUCAGACUUUACUCUCAGGGUUCAGGUUAAGGACUCUUUAGACUGCAUCUUGACCCAAUUCUGCGUCCAGACGCCACAGCCACCACCAAAAACUGGAGCGAGGAUCACUGGCCAGCGGAGAUUCCUGAAAAAGAGAGAGGUUGAUAAGAUCGUACUGUCGCCUCUGGCUGUCACCUCAAAACACCCAAAGUUUCAGGAUCGGUGCGUUACCAACCUGAAGUUUGGUAAGCUGAUUAAAACGGUGAUCAGGCAGCACAAGAACACGUACCUKCUGGAGUACAAGAAGGGGGACGUUAUCGCCUUACUCAGUGAAGAGAAAAUCAAGCUACGAGGGCAGCUCCGGACCAAGGAGUGGUACAUUGGAUACUACCAGGGAAAGCUGGGGCUGGUUCAUGCCAAGAACGUUCUAGUUCUUGGCAAAGUCAAGCCCAUUUACUGGUGUGGGCCAGACCUCACCACCACAAUGUUGCUGGAUCAGAUCCUGAAGCCUUGCAAGUUCCUCACCUACAUCUACGCAACUGUGAGGACGGUCCUGAUGGAGAACAUGGGCAGUUGGAGGGCAUUUGCAGAUGCACUUGGAUACGGGAACCUGCCCCUGAAUUAUUUUUGUCGGACAGAACUGGACAAUGAGCCGGAGAGAGUAGCAUCGGUUCUGGAGAAGCUAAAGGAGGAGAGUACUAACAUGGAGAACAAGGAGAGGAAGUCCUUCCAACGGGAACUCAUGAUGGCGUUGCUGAAGAUGGACUGCCAGGGUUUGGUCGCUAAGCUGGUUCUGGACUUCGUCUUGCUGACCACGGCAGUGGAGGUGGCGUCCAGGUGGAGGGAGCUGGCCGAAAAGCUGGCCCGAGUUUCCAGGCAGCAGAUGGAGGCUUACGAAGCUCCGCACCGUGACAAGAACGGCGUCCUGGACAACGAGUCCAUGUGGAAACCAGCGUAUGAUUUCCUGUUGACGUGGGCAGCCCACGUUGGGGACAGCUACCGGGACGUGAUCCAGGAACUCCACCACGGCCUGGACAAAAUGAGGAACCCCAUCACUAAGAGGUGGAAACACCUGACGGGGGCGCUGAUCCUCGUAAACUGCCUCGAUACCCUCCGCAGUGCCGCUUUCUGCCCCACAGGCUACGGGGACUUUGCUGUUUGAGCGUUCUGUCCCUCUUGGCAUUUAAACGCUCCAGCACAUGGUGGGAAUGAUUCAAACCCAUUUUUAAAACCAGAAUAUGGCCGAAUCUCAAGGCUUUGUCCAGCAUCUUAUUAUCAGGAUAUAUGGAAACCUUA